GGAACGCCUGGCUUAUAGGAGCUGUUGGUGGACCCUGUUGGAAUGUGAUGCGUUCUUUCUUGAGAGAUUUUCCACACCAUAUUUCCCUGUAUGAUUUCCUCAGUUGAAUAUCGACACUUUUUAAGGUGCAGUUUUGGUAUCUGGAAUUUAUUUUUUUAUCAAGUUUUAAUAUAAAAUCAUUUUGUGUUUAUUGUCACGACCUUGUUAUUGGGCUUCCGCCCUAAGUUGAUCUUUGAACGCAAUUGAAAACUCGUUAACGCAAAUAUCUUUCUAAGCAACGAUUACUGUCAAACAACAAAGUCAAGAAAACAGUCAAGCUGCUUGUGUUAUUUGAGGUAACUUGGAUCUUUUGAUCAAGUAAGAGACGUUAAUAAUGAGCAUCCAAAACCAAGUGCAGUCAGACACCGAGACAUCGCUAACAUCUAACACUAGCGAUCAUAUUCACGACGAAGAGCCGCCAGCUAUUAUUGUAGGAUUCAAGAACCCACUGCUUGCAUCUGUUAUAACUACUUUAUGUCUGAUUAUCAUCUGGGCCGUCGCUUUGCUGCCAUUGUACUUUUACUUAUCGCCUCUGCCUUCGCCCGCAGAAGGACCGGCCACGAAUUCCAGCAAUUUGACUUUACCUCACUAUCCAUGCAACGCGCCACUCAUCUUGAAUCCAGUAACACAUUUGUGCACUCUGCCUUGUGGUUGGAGGAUGUUCACGCCCCUGCAAGCCAAGGCUGGGAACAUCGUGGACAACAUCUCCCUUGUUGUCAGUCUACUGGGAUUUCUUUUUAUCUUUGCAACAUGGAUGGCCAUCAAGCAACUGCGCAUGUUCCCUCACAUAAUCCCGCUGUAUAUACAGUGCCUUUCCUCUAUAAUUUCUUUUGUGAUCGUUGUUGGUAAUGGUAUGGGUCAAGAGAAGUCAUUUUGCACGGAUGAGUUCUAUCCAGUUCCUGAAAAGCGCCAGACUUCUUUCUGCACAGCCCAGGGCCUCAUCAUACAGUACCUGUCCAAUGUUCUUGCUCUUUGGUUCGUUGUCUACAGUUUCACUUUGUUAAAGAUGAUCAACUCAAAUACCAUCAACCCACGUCAAAACACACAAACACCCCACCUUUUGUACUCUGCAAUUUGCUGGCUUCUUCCUAUCAUUUCUGUUGCCAUGGUUUUGAGCAAGGACAAGUAUGCUCCGUUUAUUAUGCGCAUUUGUGCACCAAGUAAUAGCAAGUAUGCCUACUUCACCAACAGUGCCAUCACCCAGCUGGCGCAGGGCGUUGGCUGUACCUGUCUCUUCUUUGUUGUCUACAAGCUUUGUCAGAUGCGCAACCUAGAUGGGGUUGCCGGCAUCCAGGCCCAAAGCAGACGCAAGAACAUGGAUAAGAUUGCUAUCCGUCUGGUCUGCCUGAUGUUUGCCUACGCUAUGUGUGUCGCCCUGGUGUAUAUCCCGACAUGUGUUCAACUGAGACAUAAGAAUCUGUUGCAGUUUUAUGUCAAAAAAUAUGUCGCUUGCCUGAUGUUUGCUCAAAGUUCUGAUUUUUGCCCUAAAGAAUAUGAACAGUUCACCUUUGCAGACACCUGGAUAGCCUCCUAUCUUAGCUCUGCCUUGUUUGCCAUUUCAACUGUAAGUUUCCUGGCAUUUAACAAGCAGUCUCGUCAUCUGUGGGCACACUGGUGGAAUCUGAUAGUUCUGUGUUGCUGUCCACCAGAACAGGAAAUGAUUGAGGUCCAUAAGUCAGGCUAAUAAAAAUAUAUGACUUGUGCGACAACAGGCACGUACAGGGGAGGGGGGGGGGGGGGGUGCGCACAAAAAUAGGGUCAUUUCUUAUUAAGGAAUCUUUAAAUUCUUUGCUUUUUCCAUAUACCUAUGACUGCACACUCCCCCUUGGCCAAUCCUGGGAACGUGCCUGUAACAAUGUUGUUUGAACUGUUGUUUUAAACAAUGUUUUUAAGAAUACAACUUUCCUAGCAUUAUUUGAUACAGUAGAAUAGAGCAGUAUUGUUAUUGUAUGGUGGAUUAAAAAUUAAUCGUAAUUCAAGUAUAUUUAAUUCACUACUGAGCAUAGCGGUCAACACAACUUGGACAAACAUCUUGUUAAACUGGGUGAAAUACAGUAAAUAUGUGAAAAAACCCAAGAGAGCCAAUGCAGGUGUAUACAGAUGUUGUAUGAACAUUCUCACGAUAAUUAAGCUUUUAAUGAGGUCCAAAAUCUUGUGACACCUGCCUAAAUCAGGUGAAUCGAAAGCUAUGACCGAUAUCAUUAUCUCAUUUGCAUGGAUUUUAUAGCCACUUUGAAACCAUUAUGCAAAUUGCAUAAUUGCAUGGCGGACAGUCUCUUUUUAGCAUCUCUGUCAACCCCCAUUUUUUACCCUUAGCAAAAUAAACUAUGGGAAAGCAUCUAUUUUAAUAAACAAGUUUUAGAAAGCUUUAUUGCAAUAUUUGAUUGAAUUUUGAAAAAGAAAGUAUUCAAUAUAUUUCAAUAUUUCUCCAUAUAACUUGUUUUCCAAUAUUAAAUGAAAACAAUAUCAAAGGUUUUUCUGACUAACCUUAAGUAAGAACAUUGUGAAAUACAGAAACCCAAUGGGGCUUAGUCCCUGGGAGAAAAAAACAUUGAAGAGGAAAAUAAUUUUUGUCUGCUCAAUUUGUACUGUACAUGGAAUGCACACACAAUCAUAUAUUUUUUGCAUGUUACUUGGGGAACAGUACAAAUGUUUUUGUUAUUGCAAUGACAACCUACGAUUCCAAGUAGGUAUCAUUUAAUGAACAAAAUAAGCCCACAAAACACAACAAGCUGCUGCCUCCACUAAGACUUGUUUUCAAAUUAGCCGUCAGCAAGGCAGCUUAUACCACCAUGCCAGAAACUAUUGCUAGCACACAAAAACUUGUCUUGUCUACAUGGUUAUAGGUGGUCAAAUAAUUUUCAAAUGUGCUAUACAAGUUAACUGUACAAAUUAAUGAGCGGACAUGCCUUUUCAACUACUAGUAAUCAGUCUGUUUGAAAACCCUGACUAAAAACAGAACUGUAUAAAAAAAUUUUAACUAGAAGUUAUAGAGAUAAUAUUUAGAAAUCAAAUUUAACUAGAUUUUUAGAGAACAUAUUUAGAAAUAAAAGUGUUACAGCAAAGCAGA